CAAGUUUGCAUGACAACACAAGGGCCGCGUUAGUGUAUAAAACAAACUUGCAGCGAAAUGCCUCCAAAAAAGAAGAAAGGAAAAGGAAAGAAGAAAAAGAAGAAGGAUGAGAAGACCGAACUCACCGUCGAAGACAAAUACAAAAGAACUUUACAAGAAAUUGAAUGUUUGCGCGAUGAACUUGCGUCAAGGACCGAGAUCACUCGACGUGCUAAAGACACAGCUUCCAGAAUGAAAGAUAGAAUGCUUGAAGCUAAGGAAGCUGUUGAAACAGAGCAGCAAAAUAAGUUGGAUAUUUCAUCAGAUCUGACAAGGCAAUACAAAACCAUGCAAUCAGAAAUGGCUCUUAGAAUUCACAUGUUGGAACAGACUGUCACAAAACUAAGAGAUAAUCUAGCCAAGUCAGAAGAAGAACUGCGCAAAACAAAAAAGGAAUUUGAAGACAUGAAAAAAGAAAAAGACCAGACAAUAGCUGAAUUAAAGUUUAAAAUUGAACACAUGGAGUCAGUUUACGAAAGCAUUCUGCAUGAUGCAUUUGACAAGUUGUCAUUAAGAGUAGAGGAAGCACGAGGGAAAUGGCAGAGUCAAGCAAUGGAGGUGCAAGAGAAAAACAAGCAACUUUUACUGGAAUUUGGACUUAACCCUUUAGAAAUAUAAAAUGAUCUAAACUUAAAUUUCUAUUUUCAUAGAAUGAAUAUCACUUUGCAUUACUAUUGUAAAUACCCAUGACAAAACCCUUCCAAGAUAGCAAAACCACUAAAAAGAAUACCAAUCAAAUACUACAAUGAAGUAAAAUACAUCCUGAAAUCAUGAAAAAUGAGAAGACUAAAUGUUUUGUUGUUUUAUUUCAAUGACAUUUUUUAAGUAAUCCUGUCCUUCAUACAGUUGAAUCAUAGUUAAUAGAGGGAGAUAUGUACAAUUAAAUGCAUGCUACAACAAGCCACUUUCAGUCCCUCUAGUUUUGAAAAUAAUGCUAAUAUCAACUUGAAUAUUUGAUAGGAUUCUUUACUUGUGAUUUUUAUCAAUGAAUCCAAUCAAAUAAUUCAAUACACUAUGGUUAUUGUCUUAUUCAUGUGUGAAAAGUAUCAAUAUUUACAUGUUUUUGUAAAUGAGUAAUAAAUAUUAAAGUUGCUGUGUUUAAUCAAA